AUGAGCGCCGCUCCAAAUACUGCCACUCCUGAAGUUAACGAGCUGAUCGAUCUUCUAUCGACUCUCCAGGCCGAGCUUGGAGACUUGAUUCGCUCUCGUGAGACUCUUGAAGUCCAACUUAAAGAAAACACAAUUGUCAAGGAUGAGUUCGACACCCUGAGUGAAGAUGCCAAAGUCUACAAACUGACGGGUCCCGUAUUGCUACCUCAGUCCAAGGCAGAGGCCGAAACAAAUGUCAACACUCGUCUUGAUUUUAUCAAAAAAGAGAUUGAACGUGUGGAGAAAAACAUUGCAGCUAAGCAAGAAAACAUUAUGGAGAACCGCAAUAAGCUGGCCGCUAUGAGUGCGCCGCCUCAACAAGCUGCGUGA